AUAUUGUACAUUUGAAAAUAUUCCUAAAGUAUUAAAAUGUUUAGACUAUAGCACCAGAUGUAUGAUGCUAAAAUAUACUUCUAUCUAAUACUAGUAUUAUAUAGAGUCGAAGAACCCAAACGUAAAUUAGAUCUUUUGAAGUAUGACGGAAGCAAAACAUGCUUCCACGACCUUUUUGUUUUGAAAUAAGAAAGAUCUUAAAUGAACGUGAAGAGAUGAAUUGUCUUAUUACAAAACACGUCUUCGACACUUUCCCCCAUAUUUCCCGAUUUGCCCAUCCUUCCAUAACGCUGCCCUGAAAAAAAAAAAAAAAAAAUCAAAAUCUGUUUCUCAAAUUCAAUUUCGAUCGAAUUCGUUUUGUUGUUGAAGAAGAAGACAAUGGAAGAAAGAAACGGAGGAAACAACAAAAUGAAUCGGAAGAGAACAAUGGCGAUGAACUGGGAAGGAUUAGGUGAUUUCGAAGAAGACGAAGACGACGAUAGGUUCUUCGAAACUCAUGAUCGUCUCUCUUCUGCUUUAGCUUUCGACAUGUCUGCUGCUAACUCCUCUUCUUCCGAUGACGAAGACGAAGAUUUCGACGAUUGUCGUCUCUCCUUCUCCUCCGCCGUCUCUUCCUUAACCACCGCCUCUAGAAAGUUCCGUACGCCGGCCAUGUCUCCUGAUUACGAUAUCUGGAUGGCUGCUCCCGGAUCGAUUUCGGAACGGCGUCGUCGUCUUCUCCACGGGAUGGGACUUGUUAGCAAUAAAGAUAUGGUCAGUGCUGCUGUUUCCAUCCGCCGCGUUGUUUCUAACGCUGCUACUGCUAUCAAUAGUGAUGAUAAGAUGAAGAUGAAGAUGACGGCGAAUGGUGAACCGGAGAUUGAAGAUCACGAUCAUCAUCAUCAUGACCACGUUCCGGUUAUGCUUGCUCGGUCGAGAUCGGAAUCUGAUAUCGAGAGGUUCUUGAUUGAGAAAAGGAGGAAAGAUGAGAUUUUAGGGAAAGUCUCAAAGCAACGUCUCACGAGAACCUAUUCGACGAUUGGAGUUACUACACGGACGAGGAUCUGUCAUUACCAAACUCCGAUCAGACAAUCAUCCCCUGCUGUUUGUCGAAACGGUAAGGCUCCCCGCGGCGGUGGCGGUGGUUCAGAGGCGUUGACGUCUGCGGUUGGUGCGUUUUUCUUGAUUAAGAAUCUUGAUACAGGGAAAGAGUUUAUAGUGAAUGAGUAUGAUGAAGAUGGGAUGUGGAAUAGGCUUAGUGAUUUACAAACAGGGAAGCAAUUAACUUUGGAGGAGUUUGAGAAAUGUGUUGGGUAUUCACCUGUGGUUAAAGAGCUUAUGCGUAGAGAGAAUGUGAAUAGGAUUAACUACGAACCUAUUAUGGAUUUAAGGAAGUUUAAUUCCUACCUUUCGAAAAGUGUGAGGUUGAGUAAGAGAAGAGGAGCUGCCUUGUUGAAGAACAUUAAAGGUGUUGCUCAUUCUAUGAGUUUACGUGUUGCGGAUAAAGAUGUUAGCGAUGGAAGCACCUCCACGGAUAGUCCUAGAAAAGGGAAAGAUAGUAAUAAACAUGGUAAAGCUAAUGAGUGGGUGAAAGUGAGACCUACUGGGAAGUCUUAUAAGGAAUUGAGUGCUUUGCAUAUGUGUCAAGAGAUUCAAGCUCAUGAAGGUGCGGUUUGGACUAUCAAGUUUAGUCAAGACGCUCAUUAUCUUGCGAGCGGAGGAGCUGAUAGAGUCAUUCAUGUGUGGGAGGUUCAAGAAUGUGAGCUGAUGUCUAUGAAUGAAGGGAGUCUUACUCCUAUUCAUCCUUCACUUUGUGACUCUGGGGAAAGAUCAGGCGGUGGGAAUGAGAUGACGGACAAGAAAAAGAAAGGGAAAAGCGCCUCCGGAAGAAGAAGCAAUCACAUCCCGGAUUACGUACAUGUUCCUGAAACCGUCUUCUCCUUUUCUGAUAAGCCUGUUUGCUCUUUGAAAGGUCAUUUGGAUGCUAUUUUGGAUCUGUCUUGGUCCAAAUCUCAGCUUCUGCUUUCGUCUUCCAUGGACAAAACAGUCAGGUUAUGGGAUCUAGAAACCAAAACAUGUCUCAAAUUGUUUGCCCACAAUGACUACGUGACAUGUAUUCAGUUCAGCCCAGUGGAUGAAAAUUAUUUCUUAAGUGGAUCACUUGACGCUAAGAUAAGGAUAUGGAGCAUACAAGAUCGACAUGUUGUGGAAUGGAGUGAUCUUCAUGAAAUGGUCACUGCUGCUUGCUACACUCCAGACGGUCAGGGUGCACUUAUCGGGUCACAUAAAGGAAUUUGCCGUGCUUACGAUACAGAAGAUUGUAAGCUGAAUCAAACUAGUCAGAUUGAUGUUCAAAGCAAUAAGAAAUCACAAGCGAGAAGGAAGAUCACCAGUUUUCAGUUUUCCCCGGUGAAUCCAUCCGAAGUUCUUGUCACAUCAGCUGAUUCACGGAUUCGAAUUUUAGACGGUUCUGAAGUUAUUCACAAGUUCAAAGGCUUUAGAAACACGUGCAGCCAACUCUCUGCUUCAUAUAGCCAGGACGGGAGAUACAUAAUCUGUGCGAGCGAAGACUCUCAGGUUUACUUGUGGAAGAACGACAGUCACCGAACAAGAUCAACAGUGACGACACAAUCUCACGAACAUUUUCACUGCAAAGAUGUCUCAGCCGCUGUUCCUUGGCACGGUCAUGUUAGAGGCGAGCCACCACCGGUUCAGAUUCACUCUAAACGCCACUCAAAGCGCAUAUCCACUUCAAGCCAGCCUUCAUCCUCCACAAGCUCACCAACAAGAGAAGAAUCCUCUGCGACAGCACCAACUACAUCCAACCGCAAUAAAAAACCGGGGUUACCUCCAAUGCCUAAGAAAGCCGCUACGCAGAGUCCUCAGCAACCAGAGGAAGAGGCGGGACCGGAGCUGGGAAGCUUCAGCGCGUCGUCGAGUAUGAACGGUUCAGAGCAGCAUUCAUCAAGGUUUGGGGAAUCCCCAUCGAUAAACACAUCAUCAAGGUUAUCUUCAUGGUCGUGGUUCGACAGUGGUGGCCAUGGUCCACACACUAUACAGCCAACGGCUUGGGGGAUGGUGAUUGUAACGGCAACAGUACAUGGCGAGAUCAGAUCUUACCAAAAUUUUGGCUUACCAAGAAGAAUCGGUCGCCAAACGACACUCUUUUGAUUUGAAAGGAACGAAUCGAUCGGUGUUUAAUUUCUUGAUUUGUAUCUUUGUUACUUACUUGUAGAGUACGUAAAGAAACUGCCUUAUAUAGUGUUAAGAACCUCUCUCGACGUUCAAAAUAUCUUGUAUUUGUAAUCAUCAACACAACACAAACAAAAAUUUGUGUAGUUUUCUAAAUAGAAAUCAAAAACAAUUUGCUC